AUGGCAAAGGUACAGCUUCCAGAUACUCACCCUUUCGGCACCGCUGUGCCCUUUGCCGACAGGACUACUGACCACAAUGUCCUAACACACUUGCCGGAAUGGGAGAACUUACUCAAAUUUGUCGCUGGCGACCCUAUGAUCUUUCAGAGAGUCGUCAACUUCUACCCAAGAGUGCUUCCACAAGAACACGUGAAAAAGCUGAGCAAGGCUUUGGUGGACACUGUCGAGGGAAGUGAGGGCAAGACAUGCAUGAUCUUCACGGACCCAGGCUCGCCUAAGGCUUGUAUCGACUUCAUCACUGCGGAAACGCGGAAGGAUGCCAAGGUGUCUCCUGAGGGCUUGUCAAGCCAUGCCUUCGAUGUUGGUCCGCACCGGUUGUGGACAGUCUUCUACCCAAUACCAACCUCUCGCAACGCUACUGGCGAGUUCUGGCAGACUCCAGGCGUUGGCAUAUCCACGAGACAAGCCCAGGACGCGUUGAAGUACCUCGACCAGAUAAAGGAGAUCCCGCUCGACUCACCCUUCCAGCCCCCCACCUCCGAAGCCGAUACCAUCGCCCAGCAGCUCCGCGAACGUAUCAUCAGCUACGUGAAUCGCGCCCCAUUGACCAAGACUUCCCGCCCCACCCCAUCAGACGUCUAUCUCUUCCCAACGGGCAUGGGAGCAUUUUACCGCCUCCACCACUACCUCACCGCCCACUACAACCUCCCCACAGUAGCCUACGGCUUCCCCUUCCACAACACCAAAGACCUCUUCGAGUGGUUCCCCUCUCCCUCGCCGUACCUGUUCCUCGGCAAUGGCGACGCCGCCGAUCUCGAGAAGCUUAGAUCCCACCUCGCCGUCCUUCGCUCCCAAGGCACCAAAUUACAAGCUCUCUGGACCGAAUUUCCUUCCAACCCAGCCUGCGUGACCCCAGACCUUCAGUCCCUCCGCCAACUCGCCGACGAGUACAAAUUCAUCCUCAUCGUCGACGACACCGUCGGAGGCACCGCCAACGUCGACGUCCUCGCCGCCGCCGACAUCCUCAUCACCUCCCUCACAAAGGCAUUCUCGGGGUACGCAGACGUCAUGGGCGGAAGCAUUGUCCUAUCACCCGCCUCCCCCUUCUAUACCGAACUGGUAUCCAUCCUGACAAAGUCCUACCGCAACGAAAUGCACUGGACCGAUGCUCAACAACUCCUCACCAACAGCGAGAACUACCUCGAGCGUAGCGCAAUCCACAACACCAACGGCGCCGCGCUAGCGACAUACUUCGCCGAGGAAGCAGCGAAGCCCAACUCCCUCAUCGCAAAAGUCUACCACCCCCUCGCCCUGCCCGACUCUUUACCGUUCUACAAGCAGUACCUCCGCCCCUCGGCCCCCGAAUUUCCGAACCCAGGGUACGGCCUCCUGCUUACAAUCGACUUCAUCAACGAGGCAGCGCAAGCGGCGUUCUACGACGCGGUUAAGUUGCUGAAAAGCCCGCAUUUGGGGUGUCAUGUUACGCUGGUGCUGCCGUAUGUGAAGGGUGUGUUUGGGAUGUUGGGGCAGUUGGAGGAGGUGGCGGAGUGGGGGAUUACGGAGACGCAGAUGCGGAUUGCGCCGGGUCUGGAGGAUGCGGAGGGGUUGGUUGGGGAGUUUAGCAGGGCGAUGGGGGUGGCGGAGGAGGUGGUUGCGAAGGCGGCAACGGAGGUGCCACUGCAGCCUGUCACUUUGGGCUACCACAGCAACAUCGCGCAGCAGGUCAACGCGACCAUCACCAUCGAUCCUAUCCAGCUCAUCACAGCGGGCCUCGGCUACAAAUGCAACAUGUACUCCGAUCUCGCGUGCGAAGCCUUGCCCCGAGACAUAAGAGACACCACCAGUUGCGAAAGCAUCAGUGGCAACUCAAUUAUCUGCUUCCGUCAGGAAAAGUUCAACAACCCACCGACCGGCGCUGAGGGCAAGUUGUUCCUCAGCAGCAACCUCGUACAGUCCAACAAAGAGGGCGGCGAUAUGCUCGGCCGCGCAGCACGACAGGCUUGUGGCGAGGUGGGAUGCGAUUCCUCCAGUCGGCUCCUUGAUGUACAGAACCCUCAUUUAGAGCCCACUACAAUCACUGUCACCAUGCGAGGCAAAUACAACAACGUCGAGCAGCGAGACUACAUGCUUCGUGUCCUGCAGGAGGCCUUCAACUUGGCGCAAUCGGAGCGACGGAACAAUCCACUGGCUUUCGUACGAGGACCCAGCUUCACUGAUCUGGACGGUCCUUUCAACUGGGAUAUUCCGACGUUUGGUGAGGCGUUUUUGAGCGACGCUGCUGGGCGACAGUUAGCGCACAUGUCUGCUCUCAUCACCAGUGAGGAGCAAGAGAAGGAGGAGCGCUGUGAGAACACUGUGGGAAAGAUCAGCGAGGCUGCUAUUGGAGCUAUACCUGGUAUUGGAGGUGUUGCUGGGCUGAUUUUCAAGAUUACCUGCGUGGGGAUGGCAAAGGCGUCGGAAGGAGCUUGA